AUGCGCUACGACCUUAAGGCUCAUUAUGGAGGCGAGACGGCCAAAUACAUGGGUCUCUGGACAGCCUUCCUCGUUAUCGAAUAUCCUUUGGCAGCCGCCGGUCUCUUUGAGCGGGUUGGCUCAUCCACCAGGGAGCACAUACAAAGCGGUCUGAGGAACUGCAAUGAAAACAUCCACCGUCUCCAACAGAAGAUCAAAGCACUGAACUUCCCUUUCGCGGUAUACGCAAGGCUAUCAUAUUGGUAUUUCUGCAAGUUCAUCUACACUGUUCUGAAGAUGUGCCACUCAACCCGGUUCUUCAUCAUACAGGAUACCGCAUGGUAUCUGUACAACUGUAUUACCCUGUUCCAAUAG